AAGAGAGCACUCAGGCUAUUUCAAGAGCAGCUUCUAAGGUUGAAAGGUUGGUUGAAAUGAAUGUGACUGUGCAGAGGGGACGCACCAGCUCUGUGAAGGAGAGAGCUUUCUUCCUGGGGGUGUUUGUGGUCACCCUGAUGACCUGCGCAGGACUGAUCUUCCUCUUGUUGCAAUACAACAACUUGAGGAGACAGUUGGAAGUGGUGGAGAACCGGCUGGGCGAUUUCUGCGAGACAUGGCCAGGUGAGGUCAUCUCCCACCUGGUUCAGGAGAUCGAGACACCCCUGGACCAGAAACUCCGGAAUAAGCGAAGCCAACACAAACUAGAGACUCGGCGAAAGUCCAGCGAUCUCAUCAAGAUGACGACUUACUUUAAGGUCCCGGUCCGAGUGUUAGUCAACCUGUGCAAUAGCACCAAAGGGAUUUGCUUAACAGGGGCACCAGGAAUAGCUGGACCGAUUGGCCCUCCAGGUUCAAUCGGAUUUCCGGGCUUCAAUGGUUCUGAUGGACUUCCUGGGCCUCAAGGACCACCGGGAAAGGACGGCAAGCGAGGGCGAAAAGCUCCAGCCGGGCCGAAAGGUGACCCUGGAGCCCCCGGAACGCCGGGAGAAGUGGGAAUGCCAGGAGUUCCUGGCGCGGACGGAAAACCAGGCAAAAAGGGUGAACAAGGACCGAAAGGUGAAAGUGACGACAAUUACAAUGAGAUCAUUUUAAAAGGAAGCAAAGGCGAAAUGGGUCCCCCCGGCCCCCCAGGGCCAGUCGGCCCACCCGGAGCUCCUGGUCCAAGAGCUUCUGCCAUAGGAUCAAAGCCCCAAGAUGAACAGAGUAUGGAUAGCUCUGAUGAGGCUCAAGUCGUACCGAACGACAGCACCGUGAUAGGAAAGACAUUGGCAAAAAAUACAAUGAGCUCUCGCUCCAAGAAACCUGGACGCAUUGUAAUAUUAGCAGAUGGUCCGUGCAAUGUGACCAAGUCUGCGAACACGUUUGGUGCAUGGAUGCAAGAUUCGGCAGCGAAGAAUGAUGACAGAAUUUGGCUUGUUCAGCACUUUUCAGGUCUGACAGUAUCCGAAUAUGAGAAUUUAGAAGCACUGAAGAAUGGGAGUAAGGCGAAGAAUAUCGUACUGCCGUACUUCUUUCACGGUUGUGGUCACGCUGUCCUUAAUGGCUCAAUUUAUUACCACAAAGGUGGAUCCGAAAACAUCAUACGAUUUCCUUUGGACGGGACACCACCUCAGAGGAUGAGGAUUGAAAAUGCCCUGCACAAGAGUCGCAAUUAUCUCUUCCAAAACUCAAAGACUUAUUUCGAUUUGGCGGCGGACGAAAACGGGUUUUGGGUAAUCUACGCUUCGACUUCGGAGGAGACUAUCACCGUCGGCAAAAUUCAAAUCAAUGAAACGUCAUUUUCCAUUGUUCAGACUAUUAACACCACUUACCCCAAAUCAAAGGCUGGCAAUGCGUUCAUCGCACGGGGAGUGCUUUACAUUACAGAUACAAAAGACUCGCAAGUAGUUGGCGUUUUUGAUUUGCUGAAAAGAAAACUGCUGGACGUAAGUUUUGAUUUCAGAUCAUCAAGCGAGGUACUUGCAAUGCUCUCUUAUAACCCAAGAAAUCAAUACUUGUAUACGUGGGAAGGUGGCUGCUUAAAGCAAUAUGGUUUGCAAUUCCAACUUGAUACAUAGGUGCUGCUGUUUUUAAAUUUCAGAGGACAUGUUUAACUGGGACAGACACUAAUUUUUAAUAUACUCAACAAUGGUAUUAAUGAAUUUUUUGAAAAACGUCAGCGCUAUUUUGCAAAAAUCUUUACGAUCUGAACAUUUUAUAUCCGCUUAAACAUGUAUUUGUAUUUUUUAAUCAGCUGUGCAACUACUUCAACACAUCAUGUAUUUUUAAAUCAUCGUGGAUUACUUGUUAUGCAACUUUUUAAAGCCUUUCAGGGGUAUUGUCACUAUUCCCAGGUUUUACUGUAGAAUACUUCAGAAAACAGUACCACAUUUGACAGUCUAUCUUGACUGUGGAGUUUAACAAUAACCAUCAUUUGUUAAAUUGUGCUUUUACAUCUUUUCUGCUAAAGGAUAUACAAAUGUAUCUAGUUAAUGUAGUAGGCAGAGCUUUAACUAGAACAAAUCAGUAGUCAAUGAAAUGUAUAAAGUCAAUUAUCUGAAUUAUUCAGUUCUUGGAAAUAUUUGUUUUUAUACUGAAUGAGUGUGUUUCUCACUAAUGUGGCAACAGUAUAUGAUUUAUUUUUAUUCCAGACUUUCACAUUAAUUUUGUUCUUGAUGUGCAUUAUCGUACAUUGCAUCAAUUGCAAAGUAACUCUGGUAACAUUCAAUCAUUCUGUACGUAGCUCAUUUCGUGAGCUUUGUCAUAGCUUUACUAAAAGCACAAUGUCUUCUCUCCAACUGGGUUUAGUUUGUAUGAAGAGAAAUGCUUAAUGACAGCCUUAUUAAACAGUGUACUGUCUAGAA